AUUUUUGCUUUGAGACGAGAACGAAGUUAGAAAGAGACAAGCCCUAAAGAUCGCUUUGAGACGAUAAACUCUUAAAGUUUCGAUUCGUUCACGAUGAUCGUCCCUGUUCGUUGUUUUACUUGUGGAAAGGUGAUUGGGAACAAAUGGGACACAUACCUUGAACUUCUCCAGGCUGAUUACGCUGAAGGGGAUGCUCUUGACGCGCUUGGAUUAGUCCGUUACUGCUGCAGGCGUAUGCUUAUGACUCAUGUCGAUCUAAUCGAAAAGCUUCUAAACUACAACACUAUGGAGAAAUCCGACCCCAAUUAAAAAAAGAUGCUAUAAUGAAUAACAAAUCAUCAAGAGCUGAAGUGAAGGAGUGAUGCAUCUCAUCCAUGUGGGCGUCUUAAUAAAACCACAAUGUUUCAGAAAUUUUGGUUUAAUUUAUAACUAGGAAUGUUGAUAUUUCAAUGUUUUCUGAUGUUCUUGUUCGGUUUUAGAAAUCUAGACAAUUUUUCGAGCCAAAAAUAAAGCUCAAGCCUGUAGAGUCAUCAUCUAUUGAUUUGUUUUUGGUAAUCUAAUCCUGAUAAAUAGUAAA